AUGGCGCCUUCAGCGGCCAAGCUGAAAGAAGCGCUGGUCGAGGGGACCCGGGAGGUGUACCAAGCAGAGCCCGAUGGCACUUCCGUCAACAAAGUGCGACGGCACGUUGAAGAAAAGCUCGGGCUGGAGGAUGGCUUCUUCACCAGCGAUGCGUGGAAGCAAAAGAGCAAGACCAUUAUCAAAGAACAAGUCGACAAAUUGCUCGAGGAAGACGCUUCUGAGCCGAAAUAUGAGUCAGACACAAAAGUUGGCAUCAAGCGGCAAUCGUCCGAAGUCGAGUCUCCCGAACCUAAGCGGCGGAAGAAAGUAUCGAGAGGUGCGAAGAAGAAGGAGGAGUCCGACGUUGAUGAGAACCCAUCAAAAGAUUCAAAAGCCAAGGUCAAGAAGCUGGUGUCUCGUCGCAAGGUAAAGGCGGGUGAUUCCGAUGACGAAGAUGCCAAGCUCGAAGACAGCCCGUCGCCUGCUGGCGGAGACGCAAGUGUCAAGAAGGGAGAGACAUCAGAUGACGAGAACAAGCCGUCAGUGAAAGCUCAGCCCGACUCAGGAGCCGAGGAUGCAAAGGCGGAUGUAAAGGAUGAAUCCAAGCCCGAGAUCAACGAGGAGGACGAGUAUUCCGACGUCAUCGACGAACCACCGCCUCCAAAGCGCAAGAGGGGCGAGAAAAAGGAGGCCUCAUCAAAAUCAAAGGCAUCCAAAUCAACAACCAAAAAGGAGGCUGCCCCGGAGGAUCCCAAGGAAGCGGAAAUCAAGAAACUGCAAUCGCACUUGAUGAAAUGCGGGAUUCGAAAGCUCUGGCACAACGAACUGAAGCAGUACGGAGACAAUGCCAACGCAAAGAUCCGCCAUCUGAAGAAGAUGCUGGCGGACGUUGGUAUGGAUGGGCGGUUCUCCGAGGCCAAGGCCCGCGAGAUCAAGGAGAUGCGAGAGCUGCAAGCAGAUGUCGAGGCUGCUCAGGAGAUGGAUCGACUCUGGGGAACAAGCUCUGGCGGAAGGGCCAGCAGGGGCAGUACCAAGGCCGCUACAAAGGUAGCGAAGCCGGAAAGCGGAGAGGACCGCGAUGACGAUGACAAUGAGGACGACGAGCCGACUUCUUUUGCUGCGAGACGCAGAAAGGCCCAUGCGGAUCUGGCCUUUCUAGGAGACGAGAGCGAUUCCGACUAG